CACCAUGACCAAAUCCAACAUUCUACUACUCCUACCUUUAGCUCUUGUACUAUGCUUCCGUCCGGCAACCGCUGCCGGAGUUCUCUACCCACAGUUCUACGACUUCUCGUGUCCACAAGCCAUCAGUAUCAUCAGAUCCGUUGUUUCAAAUGCAGUCGCAAAAGAUGCCCGUAUGGCGGCUUCUUUGCUUCGCCUCCAUUUCCAUGACUGCUUUGUUAAGGGUUGUGAUGGGUCAAUACUUCUCGACAAUAGUGGUACCAUAACAAGCGAGAAGAGAUCAGUCCCUAAUCGUGAUUCGGCUCGUGGAUUCGAAGUCAUUGACGAGAUCAAAUCUGCGGUCGAGAAAGCAUGUCCUCGAACCGUCUCUUGUGCUGAUAUCUUGGCUUUGGCAGCUCGAGACUCGACGGUUUUGACCGGUGGGCCGAGUUGGGAUGUUCCGUUGGGAAGAAGAGACUCGUUAGGUGCAAGCUUGAGCGGCUCAAACCAGAAUAUACCAGCCCCAAACAACACUUUUCAGACCAUCCUCACCAAAUUCAAGCUCAAGGGUCUCGACAUUAUCGAUUUCGUAGCGCUUUCUGGAAGUCACACCAUUGGAAAUGCUAGGUGCACUAGUUUCAGGCAAAGGCUGUACAACAACACUGGCAACGGGCAGCCGGACUUCUCGUUAGAACAAUCGUACGCAACCCGACUGCGUGCCAACUGCCCGAGAACCGGUGGCGACCAAAACCUGUUCUCCAUGGACCCUGCAUCACCAACAAAGUUCGAUAACGGCUACUACAAGAAUUUGAUGGCUUUAAAGGGCCUGUUAAGCUCCGACGAGAUCCUGUAUACGCAGAACCAACAAACGAUGGACUUGGUGAAGCAUUACGCAGAGAAUCAAGACGAUUUCUUCGAGCAGUUUGCCAAGUCCAUGAUUAAGAUGGGAAAUAUAACUCCAUUGACGGGCAACCAUGGCGAAAUCAGAAGGAUUUGCAGGAGGAUCAACACUUAAAACUACUACCAGAUAUAAUACUGUUGGUUCUGGGCUGGUAUACUUGCACAAACAGUUUCAUUUGUGUGUUUGUAAAUCUGUUAUCUUUUUCUUGAAUUAAAGAACGGAUGGUGUCUUUUAUACAUUUAAAGUUUUAUACCGAGAUUUUGCAACAAAAAAAGGGUGACGCCAUCAUACCAAUUCCACGGCCAAUCAUGGGAAGGUAAA